AACAAAAUUAUUGACCUAGGGGAUGAGGAUGUCCAGACGGGGGUUGAAGAGUGCCAUAAGAGUUUGUUUGGGAAAAUAGUUGGGGAGAAACGUGCACACUUCCUUGGGAUUAAGCGGGCAAUGAGCCUAAUUUGGAAACAGCAGCAGCCGAUGGAGGUUCGUGAACUAGGACCAAAUUUUUUCCAUUUUAUGUUUGAAAACACUGAGAAUAUUAAGAGAAUCGAGGGAGGAACGAACUGGAUAUUCGAGAAUCAGUAUGUAAUUAUUUCGAGGUGGAAGGAGGGGCUGAACUGCAAGGAUGAAGUCUUUUCUAUGCUCAAGAUGUGGGUUCAAGUGCACCAUGUUCCAAUAAAUUGGCUUACUAAUGAAGUGGGUAUGAAGAUUGGCAAAGUGUUCCCCACAACUGCAAAUGUGAUUAUCUCCAACUUAGGGGGUCAAGGAGGUAGAAUUCUUAAACUGUUGGUGACAGUGGACCUCAGGGAGGCUCUACCCAGAUGUGCCACCAUAAGGCUGGGUUCUCAGAUGAUCACGGUCACUUUCAAAUAUGAAAGGUUAGCCAAUCUUUGCUAUUACUGUGGUAUGGUGGGUCAUAUUGAGAAUAGCAGUGCCACUAGGUUGGAGGAUAUUGGUAACAAUGGCUUGAAAAAGGGGCAAUAUGGGGAUUGGCUCAGAGCAUCUGAAGGAUUGAGGGUCUCAGCUGUAAUAGAUCUGAUAAAUCAUCGAAGCAUGAGGGAGGUAGCCCAUCAACACCCAUUAAUGUUCAGGCUGCAAUCAGGGAAAAACUCAUUUAUGGCUUUGAAGUUGGAUGUUGUUAAAGCUUAUGGCAGCCUUGAGUGGAAAUCUGUGCAACUGGUCAUGAUGAGGAUGGGAUUUCACCCUGCAUUUGUCAAAUGGGUUUUAGCCUGUAUUCAGUGGCCUACUUUUUCUUUCAAUUUGAAUGGGCUCCCUCAGGGAUAUAUUACAGCAUCUAGAGGGAUUAGGCAGGGGGAUCCCUUAUCCCCCUACCUAUUCAUUUUAACUUCUGAAUUGCUCUCAGCUAGAAUCAAAGUGGAGGUUGAGAGAGGUGGCUUCAAAGAGAUCCGGUUAUUUAGAGGAGGGCCAGAGUUAACUCAUAUUAUGUUUGCAGAUAACAUCUUGGU